UGAAGAGCACAAACUUGCAAAAUCGGAAACUUUUCCAUCAAUGUUGUCUCAAAUGCAAUCGCGGUCUCUGGGCCCUUUCAACUUCAACAAAUUCCCAAUGCCCACGAAAAUUCCCGCCUCUCUCGCCGCUUCACGUGCUCCGUUCUCCAUUAGUGUUAGAAGCUCAUCCAAUUUGCCGCCGGCUGCCGGCGAUUCAAUUCCGGCGCCAUUAAUCUCAGAACAGCUUACACUCACUUCGCCGCAACCUACGCAACCGCUGGUCACGGCAGCUCCGCCCAUUGCGGUGGCCAGAAAUCUAGGGCUUCGGCCAACCCCUGAAUUGGGGUUUCUCUCUCACUUGUUCGUUCUCUCCAUGGCUGUUGGUGCAUUUUUCUCAGUGGCUGUGGUUUCAAUUCCAACCUUAAUUGCUUUUGGAAAAUUGGGAGCUUCAGUGAAGAAAUUGUCUAAGGUUGUUUCAGAAGAGGUACCUGGAACUUUGUCUUCUCUCAAACUUUCUAGUAUGGAGCUGAACGAUUUGACACAACAACUUAGCAGUCUCAGGCAUAAAAUUUCCAGUGUUCGCUUAGGAAAGAAGGACGGAAGCACUACUAGCUCGAGAUCCUUUCGCAAGAAGAAUCCAGCAGCCUAACAUUGCUAACACUGCUAGGUCCGUUAGCAUUUUGUUUCUGGAAUUAACCUUUGAUUGUUUGAAUGGAAUCACUGAAUAGGUGUAUGGCCUUUUUAUUCACAUGGUAUCCAUUGAAAUUACAAAAUCAGAUGGAACCACUGUCAUUUUUUAGUUUGAAGCUGCCGUUCCAAAAUAAUGAGAAAAGCUGCUCAAUGAGGGUUCUAUGUUGAUCCUGAGGAUAGGUAA